AUGUCGACGUCGCAACCGACCAAAGUCUUCCUGACUGGAGCGACAGGUUACUUGGGCGGCGCGAUACUACAAUCGUUGAUGCAGGACCCCCGUAUGGCCGUUACCGUACUCGUGCGCAACAAGGAUAAGGCAGACGAGCUCAAGCGGCUUGGGGUGCAGACCGUGCUUGGCUCUUUGGAUGAUACAACGCUCAUGGAGUCCGAGGGAGCGAAGACGGACGCGAUUCUACAGAAUGCGGCUUACGAUCACCUCGAUGGAGUCAAUGCGCUACUCAGAGGCGCGAAGGCUCGCUUCCAGCGAACGUCCAAGCAGCUCAUAUUCGUCCACACCUCCGAGCCGGGAGGAUGGGCUAAACUAGAUGCAAUGGUGCAAUACACCUCAGAGCAGAGGAUAUCGGACGUAGAUCCCGACCUUGACAACCUCACCAACAUGUCUCUCCCACAAAUCGCCGUUCACAAGGCUCUGAUCGCUGCGGAUAGAGAAGGUGAAUCGACUUGGCCAGAGGAAAUGCACCCUAUUGAUGAGGAUCCAGGCUAUAUACGGUCGUAUAUCGUGUACCCGUCGGUGGUCUACGGCGCUCUGAGAGGUCCACUCGUCGUUACUGGAAUCGCACACCCGUAUAGCAUAGCUAUCCCCAUGGCCAUCAAGUUGAGUAUCCAGCGCGGACAAGGAGCUCAGGUUGGACUCAGUGUAAACAGGUGGUCUGGCGUGCAUAUCGACGAUAUGACAAAGUUGUACAAGGUCAUUUUUGAGCAUGCGCUUGCAGAAGACGCGCCUCACGGCUCUGAAGGACACUACAUAGCGGAAGAUGGCGAGUUCAGCUUCGCAGAUGCAGCAAAACGGUACACCUCCGUUCUUCAUGCACAUGGGAAAAGCGCCCGAGCGGAGCCAGAGGCUUUCACGACCGCCGGGAUUGAGAGUAACCCGAUGAUAUCUUUCUUGGGUAUAGAUGUUCGCAUCAAGGGCGAUCGCGCGCGUCAGUUAGGAUGGAGCCCGAUGCUUCAUAUCGGCGAGUUCUUUGAGAGUGUUCAGGAGGAUACCGAGGCCAUUCUCGAGGGAAAAAAUCCCGUCUUUAAGAACCCUAUACGGCAAAGUGAUCCACCACAUGCCUCUGUGUUGUAA